AUGUUGCGCAAACCAUAUAUGCGUAUCCCUUACACGGAUCCCCUGGCAGCACCAACCGUCACGCCCAGAAGUGCGAACACGCUGAGCGGUGCCGUUGCGGCAUUGCAGGAAUUCUUCACGGCGCCAACCUCGAGAGGUGUGCCGGCGUCUACAUUAGUGCUCACAGGAGCUGGAAUAUCUGUCGCCAGUGGCCUGGCAGACUAUCGGGGCACAAACGGCACGUAUCGGGUCAAUAAGACAUAUCGUCCAAUUUACUACUCAGAGUUCAUAAAGAACCAUGAAGCACGGAAAAGAUAUUGGGCUAGGAGUUUUCUCGGAUGGACAACACUGCACAAGGCUAAGCCCAACGCUGGACACUAUGCGGUAAAACAUCUGGGAGAUCUGGGUCUGGUCCGGAGCGUCAUCACUCAGAAUGUUGAUUCAUUCCAUCCGAAAGCUCACCCGAGCCUUCCCACUACCGAGCUACAUGGAUAUCUACGGGCAACAGUCUGUGUUUCCUGUCAAACCGAACUUCCCAGAGACGUCUUCCAGGACGAACUAGCCAGGCUGAACCCUGCCUGGGCCGCAUUUCUCCAGGAGAUCAUAGCAUCUGGAGCUCUCGAUACGGAGAAUCCAGAUGAACGAAAGAGGAGAGGUAUGAAGACGAACCCCGACGGUGACGUCGACCUUCCAGAUGCGCCGUACACCACCUUCAGAUACCCUGCGUGUCCUCACUGUCUCGCCAACCCGCCAACACUAGCCGAAGGUGGCAAGGCUACGGUCGAAGUCGAUUCCGACGGAGCAUUGAAGCCGACCAGUAACGCGGGUAUAUUGAAGCCCGCUGUUAUCAUGUUCGGAGAAAGCGUCCGCAGUCAGACCAAGAUAGACGCAGAACAGGCUGUGGAGAGUGCCGACAGACUUCUCGUGUUGGGCACCUCACUUGCGACGUACUCGGCGUGGCGGCUGGCCAAGAGAGCGAAGGAUCGAGGUUUACCCAUUGCCAUCGUCAAUCUGGGAGGUGUGAGAGGAGAGGAGACCUUCUUUGCAGAUCUAGAUCCCUUGCAGAAGGGAGCGCAGGGCGCGCGAGUGGAGCUGUCGACGGAUGAGCUAUUGCCAAGGCUUGUGGAAGGGUUGCGGCAGUCGUCGGAUGUUCAGCACGCUCGUGAAAGCAUAGAACAUGAGCAGCAUGGCGGACUUGUUUUCAAGGAUAUGAUGUCUUGA